AUGAAAAUGGAGUGGAAACCAGAACAAGAAGGAUUACGGCAAAUUUUAACACUACUCAAAGAGUCACAGUCACCCGACACAGCUACACAACGAGCAGUUCAACAAAAAUUGGAAGAACUGAACAAAUACCCGGACUUCAACAACUAUCUGAUAUUCGUUUUAACUAGACUGGUAACUGAAGAAGAACCAACAAGGUCACUAAGUGGUUUGAUAUUGAAAAAUAAUGUCAAAGCUCAUUACAACAGCUUUUUGCCUGAAGUAGCAGAAUUUAUAAAGCAGGAAUGUUUAUCUGCUGUGGGAGAUCCAUCCCCGUUAAUUCGUGCAACAGUUGGUAUUAUCAUCACAACUAUUGCUAGCAAAGGAGAAUUGACAUCCUGGCCUGAACUCCUACCGUCAUUAUGUCAAAUGCUUGAUUCACAGGACUAUAAUGUUUGUGAAGGAGCAUUUGGAGCACUCCAAAAAAUUUGUGAGGACACAGCAGAGUUACUGGACAGUGAUGCUAUGAACAGACCUUUGAAUGUCUUAAUACCAAAAUUUCUGCAAUUCUUUAGGCAUACUUCUCCUAAAAUCAGAUGUCAUGCUAUUGGAUGUGUAAACUAUUUUAUCAUGGGCAGAACACAAGCACUAAUGAUGCACAUAGAUGCAUUUAUUGAGAAUUUAUUUCACUUAGCUGCUGAUGAGGAUCCAGAUGUUAGAAAGAAUGUUUGUCAUGCACUUGUGCUGUUGUUGGAAGUUCGACUUGACAGACUCAUUCCACAUUUGCCCAAUAUUAUAGAGUAUAUGUUGGUGAGAACACAAGAUCCGAAAGAAGGAGUGGCUUUAGAAGCCUGUGAAUUCUGGCUCGCGCUUGCCGAACAAAAUGUUUGUCGAGAGGUACUUGGUCCUCGACUACCCGCCCUGCUGCCAGUGUUAGUUCGCGGCAUGCGCUAUUCAGAGAUGGAUGUUAUCCUGCUACGUGGUGACCGGGAUGAUGAUGCAGACGACGCAGAACCAGAUCGCGAAACCGACAUCAGACCCCGCUUUCAUAAACCACGUUCCCAUACCAUCAAACAUAAUGGAGCAGGAGACAGCACAAUGUCAGGUGGUGGAGAUUCUGAUACGGAGUCUGAGGGCGGUGGCGACCCUGAUGAUGGAUCCGUUUCGGACUGGAACUUGCGCAAAUGUAGCGCAGCCGCACUAGACGCUCUCGCCAACGUUUUUGGUGCUGACCUUCUGCCCGUGCUCUUCCCGAUACUCAAGGAGACCUUAUUCCAUGACGAUUGGGUCAUCAAAGAGAGCGGUAUUUUGGCAUUGGGCGCUGUAGCGGACGGCUGCAUGGGGGGCAUGGUGCCGCACCUGCCGGACCUGGUGCCGUAUCUGGUGUGCUGCCUGCCCGAGAGCAAGGCGCUCGUGCGUGCCAUCACUUGUUGGACCCUCUCACGCUACUCGCACUGGAUCGUAUCGCAGUCGCACGAUCUCUACCUCAGACCUGUCCUCACAGAGCUGUUGAAACGAGUACUCGACAACAAUAAACGUGUCCAAGAGGCUGCUUGUUCUGCCUUCGCGACAUUAGAGGAAGAAGCUUGCACAGAGCUAGUGCCAUACCUCGGCUACAUCCUGCAGACUCUCGUGUUCGCUUUCAGUAAAUACCAACACAAGAACCUGCUCAUAUUGUACGACGCAAUCGGAACCUUGGCAGACUCGGUUGGUCACCAUCUCAACAAACCGGAAUAUAUAAACCUCUUGAUGCCACCUCUAAUAAAUAAAUGGAAUGUACUCAAGGAUGAAGAUAAAGACUUAUUCCCGUUACUAGAGUGUUUAUCAUCCGUAGCUACAGCUCUACAGUCCGGUUUUUUGCCAUACUGUGAACCUGUGUUCAGGAGAUGUGUUUCCUUAAUAGAACAGACAUUAAAUCAAAACAUUGCAAACAGUCAAAGUCCUGAGCAGUUUGAAGCCCCGGACAAAGAAUUCAUGAUUGUUGCACUGGACUUGUUGAGUGGCUUGGCUGAAGGAUUAGAUGGACAUAUCGAGCGACUGGUUCUAAAUUCAAACUUAAUGCAGCUACUUUAUCAGUGUAUGCAAGACCCUAUGCCUGAGGUUCGUCAGUCUUCAUUCGCGUUACUCGGUGAUCUCACAAAAGCGUGUUUCCAACACGUCCUACCGUACAUACCAGAAUUUUUACCCAUUCUCGGAGCAAAUCUCAAUCCUGAACUUAUAUCUGUGUGCAAUAAUGCUACCUGGGCUAUAGGCGAAAUUAGUAUUAAACUAGGUCAAGAAACAUCGAAGUAUAUUCCCUUAGUACUUAAACAUUUAGUUGAAAUCAUCAAUAGGCCUAACACACCAAAAACUCUCCUCGAAAACACAGCGAUUACUAUCGGUCGGCUAGGUUAUGUGUGCCCCCACGACGUCGCACCCGUAUUACAUCAAUUUGUACGCCAGUGGUGCACGUCGCUGCGGAACAUCCGAGACAACGAUGAGAAGGACUCUGCGUUCCGCGGCAUCUGUCAGAUGAUCCAAGUGAAUCCGGCGGGAGUGGUGCCCGACUUUCUGUUCUUCUGCGACGCCGUCGCCUCCUGGUCGCAUCCCAAGGACGACCUCAAGGACAUGUUCACGGAGAUCCUGCACGGCUUCAAAAACCAGGUGGGCGACGAGAACUGGCGCCGCUUCACGGAUCAGUUCCCCGUGCAGCUGAGCGCGCGGCUGUCGGCCAUGUGCGGCAUCUAGGGUGCACGCCCCGGUGCCCUGUUAUGCUUCGAGCCAGCUGUCGGCGCGUCAGAUCGGCAUUUAGUUUUAGGUUCCCUUUGCCGAUUUGUUUUAAUCGCGGUGUUGUUUGGAGAUGUUUGAGGUCGAUGACAUCUUGACGUGUGGCUUCGAUCAACAGAACGACGGCGAUGCUGAGAUCGCAUCGUGAUUGUUUUGACUUAUGUUUUGCGCGAGUAGAGCUGAUGUCCCGUUGGACGAUUCUAAUUUGUGAUUUUUAUUAAUUAUUCGUUUGGAAUUUUAGAAUGCAUACUGCCAAAAUAUUGAAAAUAAAAAAGGCCAGUAUGCAUAUUGUAGAUUUUAGUGUGAUAUUUUGACAAUAGUAUUGGUCUGUUAAUAAUUUUAACUUUUUUGUUAAUUUGGGACAUCAGCUCACGAGAGCUAGACUGGCUUACGUACACAAAGACACAUACAGUAUCAAACGAGUAACAGAAACCUAUAUUUCCGUUAAUUGGAAAUUUAGUGAAUGUAUAAUAUUCAUUGUUCGAUGUAUUAUGUAUACUAUCUGCGGAAAACAUAUAUAAAUUAAUUUUAAGCCUUUAUGGCGAACAUAAUAUAUUAUACAAGAACAGUGAGCCCACCCUGGCUCUCGUUGCUCAUUUUUCAAAGUUCAAAGCAUGUUGCAAAUAAAAUUGAAAUUUAUAUUAUUUUUCAAGUAUUUUCUUCGGGUUCCGCGAGUCGUAGACAUAAGUUUGACUAUUUCUACCGUUUAAGCUCGCGUUUACCAUUUUGGUCAUAAAACAUGGAUAACAAUAAAAAAAUAUUUUCUUUUUUUUUAAAUUAGAAUUCUUAUGGCUAUUUUGUAUCAAAAUUUAAUAUCUAAGUAUUUUUAUUGUGACAACUGCAAAAUGCUCUAUGUGAAAUGAAAUUAAAAUGUAAUAAUAUUUUUUUAAAUAUUUUGUGCAAAGGCCAUAUAAGAGUUAUGUAAAGCUAUAAUAAUUAUAACAAUAAUAUGUCUGAAUGUCUCGCACAAUGAUUUUAUUGUAAAAUGCUUUCGAUUAAAUAUUUAAAACUUUUUAUUAAAUGUAUCAAGUUGCAUAUCUCUAUAUAUCUGAUCGUUGUAUAAUUAUCAGAGAUAGAGAGCAGCCUUUGUACACAAUGAAAACUUAAACAUCCUUUAUGUUGUGUCGGAGUAGGACGUGUUCGCUCGAUGCAAUUAGCUCCUUCCUGAAGACUCGUGCAAUCGCUCUAAUGGUCGGCGUCGUCGACGUAAUUAUAUGUAAAUGUAACAAGCCAUUUUAGAAAAUGGCAAUAUUAUAAACACGUUGCACGUAAUCUAUCUUGUUUCUAACACUAAAUUUUUUGUUGCAAAUUGUAAAUUUUUAUCUUCCGAUGUCUAAUUUUUAUUCGUUCAUAAUCAGCAUUUACUCUCUCCUCCGCUACAUUUACAUUAUAUUCUAUUAAUUUAGAGCUAUAAAAUAUUACGUUUUAAAUAAUGUAUUCUUUCGAUGAACAAGACUUCGUGAAAUCGAGAAUUUAUGUAAACUGUGAUUGUGAUUUAUUUUAAAUAUAAUAUGAUAUGUACGUGUAUAUGUAUGCAUGUAUCGAAUGUAGAUAUACAGCUUUUUGAUAGACUUACGGUGGCUAGGUGUUCGCUAUGUGACAUACCAAAUAGUAUUCUUAUUUCGAUGAUCGUUUUGUGUGAGCGACGCCGGCCGCACUCGCCCGCCAGGUCGCCGCACUGGCCGCACUCGCCCGCCAGGUCGUCGCACUGGCCGCACUCGCCCGCCGGGUCGCCGCACUGACCGCACUCGCCCAUCCCGUGUUGAACUCGACUAGAUUGUAAUGCGAAUAUGUAGAGUAACGUCGACGACUCGUUCGAUUUAUAAACGAUACUAUUGACGUGUAUAUUUUACAAAUUUAAUUAUAUUAUAUAUUUAUAUAUUAUUAUGUAUGUGUAAAUACCAUGUAUAUUUAUUAUGUUCAAGUAAAAAAAGUUGUUAUUAUUUUUCUUUGUUUUAUAAAUGAAAAACUAAAAGUCUGACUUUAAAACACUUGUUAUUAUGAUACGUCAUUUAGUUCUUUCAGAUGAUUGAUCUGAAAAUUUUGUAGUUCGUGUGAACGUUAGUUUAUUUUACAAAGUGCUAUCAUAGCGUUAGUGUUCAGAGUAACAUUGUGGUUUUUCGGGGAUAUGAAAAAAAUGUCACAUUCCGAUUCGUCAAAAUUAUAGUAUUGUUUGUUGAGACGAUUGAAUUUAUCAUUGAUACUUCUGAAAUAUUGUUUGAUCGCAUAAACGUCUUAUCAUUUCGGGGAUGUUGACAACAUUUCGAAACUAUUCAUAAUCAUAAGUGGACAUUUCAUUAUCAUGUCAAAUAUCACCAUCAGAAUGCAAUAGACACUGAUACCGCCUGGUAUGGUUUUUCGUGCUGUAAGUAACCUCCCAUAGCAGAUUUAUUAGUAAAUUAGUCGUAUUAGUUUAGUAUUAUUUCGAAGAAUUCUCAACAUCUCCAUUAGCUUCCUGUAAACGAUCAAAUUUGUUUAUCAAACUUUACGUUUUCAUCAAACAAGUUUGUUAACUUGCCCGUAGAUUCGGUUCUUCUUGCCGUAACAACAAGAUGUCGUGUUGAAAAACAACGGAAAUCUUGUUUGACAACCCCCCCCCCCCAUACACGUUCAAACUUGUUUGUCAAACACGCCGUCAAUCAAGAUUUCCAUCAAACACGUUGACUGACAAAUGCGUCAAACAAAGCUGCUGUCAAAUAAUUAGACAAACACGUAAAACUUGACAAACGUUUUUUUUUCUGCCUAUGCUGAUAGCCUUGAGAGGCUAUUUCAGCUUCACCCUAACGUGUGUAGGUGAGAUCACGGGGCUCAAACCGGAGUGUUGCUAACACUGACCCUAGCAAGAGCAGUGCUUCGCAGAAUCUACCACCGGAUCGGAAACGCGACCGAUGACAAACAAUUUGAUCGUUUAAAGGGCGCUAUAGAUCGUAGAGCACACUCGUUGCGAGCUGUGCGCGGCCCCGGUCCUUUGAAAUUCCCCGCAGUUCCUAUCCCGAGUCCUGUCUAGUCCCGUUCCUUGUCACGUGCCAACGAGGCCGCGCGGAGACGUCGCGGUCGUCACUCCGGCUUCUCGGUACGCCCUGCGGCAUAUCGAAUAAAAAUAGUGAUGCGUAUUAUAUAUUAUUAUUCUUUUUUUUAAUAUAAAUUUGAGAUACAUUGUUUAUUUUUUAAGUAGAAUCGAUUUUUACAAAGUAUUACGGGUUUGCUCGUAAUUUUUAUAGUAAGGCUUAGUUGGUUUUUAUCGUCGCGAUAAAAAAAAAAUAGGUUUUUUUUUUCUCUGAAAAGAAACAGUGAUAAUAGUUUUAAUAAGUGGCUGCAUGAUUGAGUGGUUGAGGCGGCAUCGUGGGGCACUCCCUUCCUUGAGGCAUAAAAAUAUGUUAUUGAAAUCUUAUAAUUAUAUGUAGUCUUGUCGUGUGAACGAUUUUUGUGAUGUAUAAUGUCGAUAUAAUUGAACUUUGCGUCGCGCGUAGUACUUCGAUUUUGUGUUGUGCAUAUUAUUAAAGUAUAUGUGAAAUAUGUAAACAUGCAAUAUAAUGUAAACCGCGUUGUUGAUAUGCCUUCACAAAAUGUUAAUGAUAUUUUAUUAUGUAUUAUUAAUGUUUAAAAUUGCAUUAUAUAUUUAUUAUUACUGAUCGGUAUGUUUAAUUCAAAUGUAUGCUAUUUUUAUUUAAAUUAUGAUACAAAUAUAUUUAUAUUACAGAUUACAAAAUAAAUAAUCCACAGUUUAUACAGUCCAGUGUUGGCAUGUCACCAAUGAAAACCUGUAAUGAUAUUUGGCAAUAAAACAUCCUUAUAUUGUUUAUUAUUUUUUAAUAGUUAUAUUUUUUAAUGAAACAUGAGUUUAUCUGAUUAUACAGACGCAUAAUAUUAUUUAUUUAUAUAAAAAAAAAGUAGUUAUACUUUAUAAAUCACAUCAUUACUUCAUUCUGUGUAUUAUGUUUUUCUCAAUGUUACAUUGAAGUGGCGAACGUUGAAAACGUUUAAAAGAAAUAUUUUAUACCACCUAGUUAGUGUUACUUAAAAUAUAUAUAUAGAGCUCUCACAGUUUGAGACUAUGUGGAAUUGAAAACGAUAUGGUUUUCAAAUGACAAGGAAUUAUUUUUUGAACAUCUCUCGAUGCUUUCGGCUGUGUGACCACAUGUACUCUGUACAUGACCCGAAUGAGUUUCGUAAUAUUUUACCUUCAUCAAACCAUAUCGUAUUUGUACCAAUGAACGUAUUGAACCCGCAAAAUGUUGUUGUGACCUUAUUAGUUUCACUAUGUGACACGCCGUAAGAUUUUUCAUAAAUUCAAUAGUAUGUAUAUAUAACAUGAAAAUAAAUACAAAUAAAAAUGUUUCUAAUGUAAAA